AAACAUUCUCUACCAAAAUACUUCUCCCAAAACAUCUCACUACUACAUACAUCACUAAGAGAAAUAAUGGCAAUGGUGAAAGAGCUAAAAAUGGCUCAAGAAAUUGGUAACAACAACAACAACAGCAACGGUAUGAUGGUCAUGAUGUACGACAAAGUGAAAGGCGUGGUAGGCGAAAGCGCGGUGGUGGUGUUUAGCUCUAGUGACUGUUGUAUGUGCCAUGUAGCGAAGCGCCUUCUCUUUAGCCUCGGUGUUGGCCCUACUGUUAUCGAGCUUGAUUCGGACAAGGGUAGUGCUGAGAUUCAAGCUGUGUUGUACCAACUCUCCGGUGAGCAUCAGCCGCUUCCGGCGAUAUUUGUUGGUGGAAAGUUUUUAGGUGGCAUUGAGUCUCUUAUGGCUUCUCAUAUUAAUGGUUCUCUUGUUCCUCUCCUUAAAGAGGCUGGUGCACUUUGGCUCUAA